ACACAACUUUUUACUAUUGACAGUCGGACAUGUAAAGAAAAAGCAUGGCAGCACAAGGCGAAAAGAAACCAGUGCUGGAGAUGGUCCAGGCUGAUGGAGCCGAUGAGGGCUGUGUGACGUUUGUGCUGCAUGAUGAAGACCAUACACUGGGAAAUUCUCUGCGAUACAUGAUCAUGAAGAAUGCGGAUGUGGACUUUUGUGGCUACACCAUCACCCAUCCGUCCGAGAGCAAGAUCAACUUUCGCAUACAGACACGAGGUGGAGCACCAGCCACAGAGCCUCUGCGGAGGGGUCUGAAUGAGCUCAGCGAUGUUUGUCAGCAUGUUCUCAACACGUUUCAGGCUAGAGUUAAUGAGUUCAAAGACGGGCAGGAGCAGCCCAUGGACUGAAGAGCGUCAUACAGUAUAUGUGAAUACAUGAAGCUGUCAGACUCAAAGUACCUACAAACCAAGUGUAUAAAAAGUAGUAUCUUGAUAUUUUUAUUUUUAUGUCCACUUCUUACAUGUUCCUUACUUCACAUUCAAACAUUUGUACAGUUUUCAUUUUUGUAUUAUGAUCAAAUUUAUGCGUAAUGUAUGAUACAUAUUAUUGCAGUCUUGUGUCCAUCAUUCAUGAAUUGUUGAAAUAAGCCUAACAUGUUUAAGAUAUUAAAUUUAAACCCAAAUCAUUUUCUGUUUUUCACAGUGCGAAAAAACACCCAGCCCUUUGACUUUGUGCCUUUUUAAUAUUUAUUUUCACGACUACUCACAUAACGCUGUUUGAGGGAUGUCCAAACCUAAAGUGAUGAGACCCUCAAACACCAAAUUGUUCUCAUCUGUCCUUUGAAGCGGUGUUCUACAAUAAAGCAAGCAGUGGAAGAUAGAAUGUCCUUA